ACCAUAAAUUACAUCAUUUUUGUAGAAAAUGCCAUGAUUUCGAUGAGUGAAUCAGAAUGACCUUGAAUUUCAAGCUAAAUGCAUAAAGAGUUUCUCGAAAUAAAUCGGCUACUGUGCGAAUCACAGCACCAACAAUGUAUCCACAUCGAUAAGUGAAUGUUACCCUUUCUCAUCCCUCUCAUUUAUCUCUCGUUCAUUUGUUUCUGUCUCACAUUCACCAUUCGCUUUGCUACGUGACAGCUGAUAUUUUUCAACCGAAAUUGUCAUUUCGAAUCCGAUCUGAAUUUAAUUACGUUGAUAAAAUCGCUUAUCAGCGAAGAAAUCAAAAUGAAUUCGGAAGGCGAUUCGAACCAAUGUGAAUACUGUAAGCGGAAAGUUUGUUACUGUUGUUGUUGUAAACGAAUGUAUGGUUAUCGUGACCAGCAAAACAUAUGCAAAUGAAGAUUGAACGUUACUGAAAACCAGAAAUACGGUGACACCGAGUGACAAAUUAUUCAUGCAUUUAAAAUCAAUUGCGAAAACGAGAUCGAACGUAUUUACACCAAAACAGAGUAAAACUCGUUGCACGAUUCUGCGAGAGGCUCAGUAAUUGGUGAUCGGUGAACAGUGAACGGUGAUCUUUCUUUAUUCGAUCAGUUUUAUUUUCUUCAAAAGGUAGUUUUGGCUUUUUUCUUGUAAAAAUUGCAAUUUUACUGAAGUUUUGAAUUUAAGUUGACCAUUUAUUCAACCCAAGAGAAAAUGAAGUGGCUAUUCGUGCUAGCUCUCUGCCUGGCUGUCGCUUUUGCCGAUGAAGCCAAAAUUGAACCAAAGACCGAAGCUAAAGUUGAAGAGAAGACUGAAGCUAAAACCGAAGCUCCACCAAGCAAGGAAGUUCAAUUACGUCAAUUGUUGAUUUCAGGAGGUGAAAUAACUGAAAUUAAAAAGUUAAUCGCAGACGGUGCCAAUGUGAAUGCUAAAUACGAAGAUGGCGAAAGUCCAUUGCUGUUGGCUGUAAACUCAGGCAAACCGGACUUUAUCAAAUUACUCAUCGAAAAGGGAGCUGAUGCUAAUGCGAAAUUCCAAGAAAAUUGGGCUCCACUUCAUCGUGCCACCUACUUAGGUCUUGAUAAAAUUGCUGAUGCUCUUAUUGAAAAGAAGGCCGAUAUCAAUGUCAAAAAUGUGGAAGGAUACACCGCAUUGCACGUGGCUUCUGCUCAGGGACACGAGAAAGUCACUGAAACUCUCCUUAAAGGUGGUGCCGACAUUGAAUUGCUGUCUCGUGAAAAAACUACACCUCUUCAUUUGGCUGCCGAAACCGGCCAAGCUAAAAUUAUUGAAAUUUUGCUUAAAGCAGGCGCUAAAGUUGAUGCUAAAGAAGAAGACAAUUGGACACCACUGAUGUUAGCCAGCCGUGAGGGUCAUGAAAAGGUCGCUGAAAUCCUCAUCGAACAUGGUGCCGACGUUAAUGCCGAAGCUACCGACAAAACUACAGCUCUUCAUUUAGCUGCUCAGAAUGGUAACGAGAAAGUUGUUGAACUUUUGAUCAGCAAAAAAGCCAAAAUCGACGUAAAAGACAACGAAAAUGCCACACCUUUCUGCAAAGCACAUGAAAAAGAUUUCAAGAAAAUCGAAGAUUUACUAGCCGAAAAGGGUGCUUCAAAAAAAUGUGAAGAGAAAGCAGCAGCCAAACCAGAAAAAGCAGAGAAAUUAGAGUAGUGCCUUAUUGAUGAAAUUCAGUAUUGAGACAAACAAAAAAUUAAAAAUUUGUAGAAAAAAAACCUAAACGUAAGAAAAUUUAAACACAAUCUGAUUCUCUCAUAAAGAACAUGCACCAGAUUGCAUUGUUUUGUAUUUUAUUGGUAAAUUUGUGAAAUAAAAGUUGUUGAUUUGAGAAAAA